GAAUGCCGGGAACCCGAGAGCGGCCGGCGCGGACGCCGCGGCAACUUAACUUGGAGCACCGGGUGCUGGCAGUCAGCUCCCGGCCUCCUUUGCUCUCGCGCCUCCACGGGCUCAAGCCCUGCUCCGGGAGCGCGGAAUUUUGAGGAAGAGGGCAAAACUACAGUAGGAAGAACUGUCUGGAAAACUUUUUCAGGACAAACGGUGGGGAAAGCGGCUAGCCUCCGGCGGGGCAGGGCAGGGUGGCCUUACCUGCAGAACCACCGGCCGCGAUCUGCCGAGAAGCCUCGCGCACUAAGCCUGCUUCAGGCCUCGCGAACAUCUUCGCGGGCAGGAGGACGAGGGAGCGGACUGAGAUGCGUGAGCGAACUCGCCGCCUGCACAGCCUGCUGAUCCACAGAGCCCGCGCUGGGCUGGUCCUGUGGCGGGUUCGCUCCCUGUGGGGCAGCAAUCCAGCGACUGCCGGAAGGCGAGGGUCCGAGGCGCAGAUUCGUCGCGCGAUCUCCAGCGAGUCGGAACCUGUCCGCAGCGCUCUUGCAGCAGUGCCCUCGGCUCCGAAAAGGUCCCUGGAAAGAAGACUCGUGGAUGGGGUUGGGUUGGCUCAGCAGUGGAGCCCGCGCCCUUCUCUAUCAGGAGCCUCCAGCAGAGUUUGUCAACUGGACGCGCUGCCUCUGAUAACUCAAGUGAAGUGACCCAGGCCUGGAGAGCCAAGUGCAAGGCUGGGACGACCCUUGCACCUCCUGGCAAGCCAGAGCACAGUGAAAUUCGAAAGAAAGGACAAGUGAAUAAAUUUCUCAGUUGUCCUGUAAUUGCGGUCUGUAGCAACCACGUCAAAGCAAGUCUAAUUUACACUUACCUUUCAUUAGAGGUAAGUAAGGUAGUACUUUACCAAAAAUGGUUUUGAUUGAAGGUAAAAUGAUACCUCAUCAACCUGAGUUUUAUUUACCUAAGGACCAAAAGAAGAAAAAGCCUGGUUACAAAUAGUUUUUUCUAUACCCAAGUCAGUGGUUCUUAACAGUGGUUUUAGUACCUAUAGCAUCAGCACAAUUUGUGAAUUUGUUAGGAAGUCAAAUUCAUGGGUCCCACCCCGACCUAAACUGAAUCAGAAUCUCUGGCAAUAGGGCCCAGAAACAAGUUUUGUGUUGGUUGUCAUGAACGUUAAAGGUUGUGAACCACUGACCUAAACAAUUGAGGAACAUUAAGUAAACUUAGUAUAUUCUCUCUAUUAAAGGCUUGAUUAUUCGUACUAGCUGCUUAGGAUAGCAAAACAAAACUACUAAUUUAUACUUUUUAAAGAAACUACAAGUUGCCUAUGCUAUGCAGGAAAGAUAAAAGAUUGUGAAAUUUUCCAAAAAUAGCUGCCACACCCCUAACAGACAGGAGAUGAUAAGAGUAAAAGGGAGAACUGGGAGGCUUUGGAAGUCCUAUUGUAAUAUUUCUUAAAACACAUUAUUUAAAGCUAAAUAUAUUUAGUGUGGGCCAUAUAAAAAAUUGCCAUUUUGGGGGGUCAGGAACCGUUGAAUAUCAGCAAUUUAGUAUGGUUCAAUUUAUAUGAUUUCUAAUCAAAUGAACAAAGUACAAUAAUUUGGUUUCAUACUUUAUUUUCAUUUCUUAGGCUGGGUCAUUAAAAGUCAGUUAUAUCUGGCAGAAUAUUUAAAUGGUUUGAGGAAUUGGGGAGACUUGCUGCUUAUGUAAUCAGGUAUACAAAAAUAAAGUUUUUCAUUUCAUUAAAUAUUUG